AUGGCGCCUAAGCAACGCGUUCCUUCCAGCGACUCAUGUCGCAGCGGUCGCACAUGGCCAAGGCCUUGCCACGCCCGUCGCGGGCUGCGUCCCGCCACAGAGCAUGUCUUUCUCUCGGAUUGCUCCUCUGCUCACUCCUGCUCUACUCCUGCUCUCGGACUUCUCGUGGCGAUCAAGGUCGAAGAGCGAAUGGCGUCCGCCGGAAGCGGCAGCAUGGGGAAUGGCAAGGCCGUCCGUGCGCUGCUCACCGUCGUCACCGUCAUCGCCGCGUGUCUCCUGCAGCCGUCGCAAGCAGCAGUGACCAUAUCGGUCUCAGUGCCGAUUGCCACGGCGAUGACGAUCAACGGGCGCGCAAUAUCCUUCUGGUUGCGCCGAUGUGUCAACCUUCCUGCCAUGCCGCCUUCUCAGACGGCGCUGGUGACGGUGCAGCGGCAACAGGCGCACAUGUCUGGCAGUGCUGUUUGCCGCACGAUCCGGUUCUUCCAGGCUGCUGAUUGCAAAGGGCGGGAUGCAUAUUUGAUCGCGGAGGGCAGAGGGAGUGACAAGUAUAUCUCUGGUGCAGCGAAGUCCGCCCUCUGCCUCACUGGUGCGUCCCCUCGUGUCUUGUCCUGCUCGCCUCUCCUCCUUUCCGCUCCGCGCAAACUCUCUCUCUCUCUCUCUCUCUCUCUCUCUCUCUCUCUCUCUCUCUCUCUCUCUCUCUCUCUCUCUCUCUCUCUCUCUCUCUCUCUCUCGAAUGGUCCUUCGUAUUGA